AUGCCAGGUCUCACAACAGCACAGGUGACCGAAUUGAGCGCCGUCAAUGUCGUUAUACAUCCCCUCGUACUUCUAUCGGUCGUGGAUCAUGCGGCUCGAGUGCCUCUAUCGAAGAACAAGAGGGUGUUAGGUGUGUUGUUGGGUCAAGAUAAUGGGAAUACCAUCAACGUAGCCAACAGUUUCGCAAUCCCGUUCGAAGAAGAUGAUAAAGAUCCCAAGACGUUCUUCUUAGAUUUAGAUUAUGUGGAAGAGAUGUGGAGGAUGUUCAGGAAAGUCAAUGCCAAAGAACGUCCGAUAGGGUUCUAUCAUACUGGCCCAAGACUUCGAUCGUCCGACUUGGAAAUCACACAGCUGUUUAAACGAUUUUGCUCACGUCCCGUCAUGGUCAUUGUGGAUACUAGAGCGACCGGUGGCAGGGGAGAUACGGGGAUUCCGACGGAUGCGUACUUUGCAGUUGAGGAGAUCAAGGAUGACGGAACGGCCACCCAACGAACCUUCACUCACGUCUCGACAUCAAUUGAAGCCGAAGAAGCAGAAGAGAUAGGUGUCGAGCAUCUCUUACGCGAUAUAUCUUCAUCGUCUUCCGCCCCGUCUUCAUCACUCUUAACUACUCAAUCAUUAUCCACCAAAGUCACUUCUCAGCUCCAAUCACUCAAAGGUCUCAAUUCGAGAUUACUCGAUAUCAAAGAUUAUCUCACCGCGGUGAAGAAUAAGAAACUGCCCGUGAACCACCAAGUGAUCUAUCAGUUACAGGAGAUUAUCGGAUUAUUACCUCAACUGAGCGACGAUCAGCAAUUGGGUAAAGCUUUCAAGAUCGGUCAGAAUGAUUCGAACUUGGUGGUUUAUCUGAGUGCGAUGAUUAGGACCGUGUUGGCUCUACAUGAUCUGAUUGAAAACCGAAUCGAAAACGCACAACAGGAACUGGAAGAUUCGAAGUCACCUCAAGAUCGAGCCAACGAAGCUGCCGCCCAGGCUGCUGGUGUGAAAGCCGAGGAUGUGGCUAGAGCUAAGAAGGAAGCUGAAGAAGAGAAAGAAAAGGAGAAGAGGAAAUAG